AGCUCCGCCUCCCUCUCCCGGCUCCCAUCACACUGACGAUGUCCCGGGGCUCUCUGAGGUGGCGUUAGAUGGCAGCCGCUGGGGGUGACCAGCCAGACCUGUGAACGUCCCCAGCCACUAGGCCAGCGCGUCUCCAGGACUCUGGGCGUCAUGUUGGCCCCGCAGGAUGAAAGCUCUGUGCGGGUCGCUCUCCGAAUUCGUCCUCAACUUGCCAAAGAAAAGAUUGAAGGCUGUCAUAUUUGCACAUCUGUUAUACCUGGUGAACCCCAAGUAUUCCUAGGAAAAGAUAAGGCAUUCACAUUUGACUAUGUCUUUGAUAUUGAUUCCAUACAAGAUGACAUCUACAUGCAGUGUACAGCAAAACUUAUUGAAGGCUGCUUUGAAGGAUACAAUGCCACAGUCUUUGCCUAUGGCCAAACAGGAUCUGGUAAAACGUACACAAUGGGAACUGGGUUUGACGUAAAUAUAACUGAUGAAGAGUAUGGUAUAAUUCCCCGAGCUGUAAGACAUCUUUACCGACGAAUUGAUGAGCGAAAACAAGUUGCACUGGAACAGGGUAUCUCACCACCGGAUUUUAAAGUGAAUGCUCAAUUCUUGGAGCUUUACAAUGAAGAGGUACUUGAUUUGUUUGACACAACACGGGACAUUGAUGCCAGGAACAAAAAGUCUAACAUAAAGAUUCAUGAAGAUUCCAGUGGAGGCAUUUAUACAGUUGGAGUAACAACACGAAAUGUGGCCUCUGAAGCAGAGAUGAUGCAGUGUUUGAAGUUGGGUGCCUUAUCUAGAACUACUGCCAGUACGCAAAUGAAUGUGCAAAGUUCUCGUUCACAUGCCAUAUUCACAAUCCACCUAUGUCAAACAAGAGUUUGUUCAAAACCUGAAACAGAGGAUGACUUGGAUAAUAGGAUAACAUCCGAGUCCACACAAAUGAACGAGUUUGAAACCCUUACUGCCAAGUUCCAUUUUGUUGAUUUGGCUGGCUCAGAACGACUUAAACGUACAGGAGCUACAGGAGACAGAGCUAAAGAAGGAAUUUCUAUCAACUGUGGUCUACUGGCCCUUGGAAAUGUGAUAAGUGCAUUAGGGGACAAAAGUAAAAAAGCCACUCAUGUGCCUUAUAGAGAUUCCAAGCUGACAAGGCUACUCCAGGACUCCCUUGGCGGUAACAGCCAAACUGUAAUGAUUGCAUGUGUAAGCCCUUCGGAUAGAGAUUUUAUGGAAACACUGAACACUCUCAAAUACGCCAAUAGAGCGCGAAAUAUCAAGAACAAAGUCAUGGUUAACCAGGAUCGAACAAGUCAACAGAUAAAUGCACUUCGGAAUGAAAUAACAAGACUUCAGAUGGAACUAAUGGAAUACAAGACGGGUAAAAGAAUAAUUGAUGACGAAGGAGUAGAAGGCAUCAAUGACAUGUUUCACGAGAAUGCAAUGUUGCAAACUGAAAACAAUAAUCUACGCAUGAGAAUUAAGGCUAUGCAAGAAACAAUUGAUGCUUUAAGAACAAGAAUUACACAGCUCAUGAGCGACCAGGCCAAUCAAGUUCUUGCUAGAGCAGGUGAUGGUAAUGAAGAAAUAAGCAACAUGAUACACAAUUACAUCAAGGAAAUUGAAGACCUACGUGCAAAAUUGUUAGAAAGCGAGGCUGUGAAUGAAAAUCUUAGAAAGAGCUUGUCAAGAGCGUCAACAAGAGCCUCUUAUUUCUCUUCUCCAUUCUCUUCCUCCUUGAUUCCUGUUGAAAAGGAAACCACUGAAAUAAUCGAUAUGGCUAAAAAAGACUUACAAAAGUUAAAAAAGAUUGAAAAGAAGAAAAAGAAAAGGCUACAGCAGCUCCAAGAAAACAAUCAAGAAGAAGGAAGUGUUGUAAAAGAUGAAAAUGCAGACAAUGAGAAGUCUGAAGAAAGAGAGCUUACUGAAAAAGAAUCAAAUGAGCUAGAUAUUGAAGAAGGACGUGAUGGAAGCGAUCAUGAAGAAGAUGAAGAGGAGGAGGAUGAAGAAGAGGAAGAUGCAGAUGGAGCAGAAAGCUCAAGUGAAUCUGAUUCAGAACAAGAUGAAAAGGAAAACUACCAAGCUGACCUGGCAAACAUCACCUGUGAGAUCGCCAUAAAGCAAAAACUUAUUGAUGAACUGGAGAACAGCCAGAAAAGACUGCAUACCCUCAAACAGCAGUACGAAGAAAAACUGAUGACCUUGCAACAUAAAAUUCGGGACACACAACUCGAACGAGAUCGUGUACUUCAGAACAUGGGCUCCAUGGAAACAUGUACAGAAGAGAAAACAAAAAAGAUAAAGACAGAGUAUGAGAAGAAACUACAGACCAUGAAUAAGGAACUUCAAAAGCUGCAAGCAGCACAAAAGGAACAUGCCCGUUUGUUGAAAAACCAGUCACAGUAUGAAAAACAGAUGAGAAAAUUGCAGCAAGAGGUUGUUGAGAUGAAGAAAACAAAGGUGCGGCUAAUGAAACAAAUGAAGGAGGAGCAAGAGAAGGCAAGAAUGGUAGAUUCUCGCAGAACCCGUGAAAUUGCACAGCUUAAAAAAGAUCAUCGCAAGAAAGAGAGUCAGUUAAGGAUUCUCGAAGCACAGAAAAGGCAGCAAGAAGUCAUUCUACGGCGAAAAAACGAAGAGGUUACAUCACUUCGGAAACAAGUAAAACCAAUGUCUGAUAGAGUGGCAGGAAGGGUUGUAAGUCGUAAAAUAAGCCUCCCAGAACCAGUUUCAGAACAUGUCAUUGAAGAGCAUGACUCAGCCCGAAUGACUGGACAACAAAGACCUAAAAUACCUAUAGCAAGAGUACAACCUGCAACUUCCAAUGCUUACAAUGGCACAAGAAAAAAACAACAAAGAAAAGGAUGUAACACUUACACUUCAAAGGCGGCCAGACAGAAAUGGCAGUCACUGGAGAAAAGGAUCACGGACAUUGUGAUGCAAAGAAUGACUAUCUCCAAUAUGGAAUCUGACAUGAAUCGGCUACUGAAGCAACGGGAGGAGCUCACAAAGAGGAAAGAAAAAGUUACAAGAAAACGGGACCGGAUUAUGAAGGAAAUGGGUGAUAAUGACAAAAACCUUAACUCUCUGAAUGAAGAAAUGGAGUCAUUGAGUGCAAAUAUUGACUACAUUAAUGACAGUAUAUCUGACUGUCAGGCCAGUAUUAUGCAGAUGGAAGAGGCUAAAGAAGAAGGAGAUACGUUGGAUGUUACUGCCAUUAUUAGUUCUUGCACUUUAACAGAGGCACGAUACCUUCUUGAUCAUUUUCUUUCUAUGGCUGUCAGCAAGGGUCUCCAGGCUGCCCAAAGAGAGGCACAGAUUAAAGUUCUAGAAGGGCGUCUGAAACAAAUUGAAAUUACAAGUUCCACGCAAAAUCAGCUUUUAUUCCACAUGUUGAAGGAAAAGGCAGAGCUGAAUCCUGAACUUGAUGCUCUAUUGGGCCAUGCUUUGCAAGGCUUAGAUAGCAUUCCACUGGAAAAUCAAGAAAAUAGCAGUGAUGAGGAGGGAUCAUUACAAAGCCCUGGGACAGAAGGCAGUACACUUUCGUCUGAUUUAAUGAAACUUUGUGGUGAAGGAAAGCCCAAAAGCAAGGCUCGGAGGAGGACUACUACCCAGCAGGAGUUGCUUUAUGCAGACAGUAGUGAGAAUGCUGUUGAUCUUGCAUCUGGAGAUAAUAGCGUGACUGCUUACCUCACUCCUGUUCUUGAAGUGCAAGGGACUGAGAUAAAUGUGGACACAAAUUCCAGUACCCAUAGGGAGAAAGACAUGAUUCCUCCUCCUUCUGGCUUAUCUUCCAAAACAGGCAGCAUGUCUAAGCCAAAUUCAUUGCCUGAAAGACGUAUACCUGAGCCUUCUCCAUCAUCAAGAAGAAAAACAUAUGAAAGGAGUGGGGAAAAGAUGAAUAAACCCAAAGAACAAAAAUUCUCAGAUUCGGGAACUUCAGAGGCUAGUCUGUCACCUCCUUCUUCCCCAACAAGCCGAACCCGUAAUGAAAUGAAUGUUUUUAGCCGCCUCACAGUUUCUCAGGGAAGCUCAACAUGUCAGCAGGAUAAGUCUGAUGAAAGUGAUUCCUCUCUGUCCGAGGUACACAGGGGCGUUAUUAACCCAUUUCCAACUUGCAGAGGCAACAAAUCAUCUCUUCUACAGUGUGUCUGUAUAGCCGAAGGUCAUAACAAAGCUGUGCUUUGUGUAGAUGCUACUGAUGAUCUUCUGUUCACUGGCUCUAAAGAUCGCACUUGUAAAGUAUGGAAUCUUGUCACUGGACAGGAAAUUAUGUCUCUUGGAGGUCAUCCAAAUAAUGUGGUGUCUGUGAAGUAUUGUAACUACACUAGUCUAGUAUUUACAGUUUCAACAUCUUAUAUUAAGGUGUGGGACAUCAGAGAUUCAGCAAAGUGCAUACGCACACUUACGUCUUCUGGUCAGGUCAUGGCUUGGGAUUCUUGUGCCGGAAGUCAGAAUAGGACAGUGACCAUUCCUCCAGGUGAAAACCAAAUCAAUCAAAUUGCACUGAACCCUACAGGCACAUUCCUAUAUGCAGCUGCUGGAAAUGCAGUGAGAAUGUGGGAUCUAAAAAGGUUUCAGUCUACUGGGAAAUUAACUGGACAUCUUGGACCGGUCAUGUGUCUUACAGUAGACCAGGUUGCCAGUGGACAGGAUCUAAUUAUAACAGGCUCAAAGGAUCAUUACAUUAAGAUGUUUGAUAUUACUGAAGGAGCCCUUGGUGUUGUUAGUCCUACACGUUGUUUCGAACCUCCUCAUUAUGACGGUAUUGAAGCUCUCAUCAUUAGUGGUGAUAACCUUUUUAGUGGAUCAAGAGACAAUGGAAUAAAGAAAUGGGACCUUUCUCGUAAAGAUCUUCUUCAUCAAGUUCCAAAUGCUCACAAAGAUUGGGUAUGUGCUCUUGGGGUAGUGCCCAGUCGCCCCAUUGUUCUGAGUGGCUGUCGAGGAGGCAUCCUGAAGCUGUGGAAUGUAGAUACAUUCAUACCGAUUGGUGAAGUCAAGGGACACGAUAGUCCAAUAAAUGCAAUCUGCACAAACUCCACUCAUAUUUUUACAGCAUCAGAUGAUCAGACUGUGAGGAUUUGGAAGGCUAAUGGUUCUCUUGAUGGGCAGACAUCAGAUGCUGGAGACACAAGUGAAGAUGUUGCAAGCAACUAAACUGGAAACAUAAAGAUAUAUAGGGGGGAGAUUUAUCAUGCUGUCUUAUAGUGACAUUCUCUUUGUUGCUCAUAGCAACCAAUCAAAGCUAAGCUUUCAUUUUACCAGAGCAAUAUGAGAAAUGAAAAUGGAUCUGUGAUUAGUUGCUAUGGGCAGCAAAGGAAAUCUCACCAUAAUACAGCUCAAUGAAUAUCCUCCAUAGUCUUAAAAGGAUACUGUGACAGACUGUUUAUUGUUAAGACAUUUUUGGGCAUUUAAUAUAGUAUGCAUACUGGACCUUUAUGGGGUAUUCCAGGCAAAACCUUUUUUUAUAUAUAUCAACUGGCUCCGGAAAGUUAAACAGAUUUGUAAAUUACUUAUAUUAAAAAAUCUUAAUCUUCCAAUAGUUAUUAGCUUCUGAAGUUUUCUGGGCAACUGCUCAAUGAUGAUGUCACGUCCCGAGAGCUGUGCAUGAUGGGAGAAUAUCCCUUGCAUGAUGGGAGAAUAUCCCCAUAGGAGCUGGACAGCUCCCGGGACGUGAGUCAUCAGAGAGCAGUUAGACAGAAAACAACAGCUCCACUUCAGAAGCUAAUAACUAUUGGAAGGAUUAAGAUUUUUUAAUAGAAGUAAUUUACAAAUCUGAUGUGUAGA